AGAGACGGGGGCUUAGCUGCGGAAGCUGAACUGAACCCCAGCCAGCGAACCAAGGCGGCGGCGGCGGCGGCGGCGACAUGCAGUUCCUCCGAGGAGGCGGCGGCGGUAGCGGUGGCGGCGGAGCUGGAGGGAUGGCGUGGGAGGUGCUGAAGAGGCACUUCUCGCGGAAGCGGGCGGUGGACGUGCGGCGGAUCAACCCCAAGGUGCCCAAGGAGGAGGCCGUCGCCAUCUCCGGUCGCCUCCUCCAGAUCUUCACCGACCAUGGCCCCCUCACCGUCGGCAACACAUGGAACCACGCCAAGGAUGCUGGUAUCAGUGGCCUGAAUAGCAAGACUCACAUGAAGAUCCUGCUGAAAUGGAUGACGGGGAGAAGGAUCGUGAAGCUGAACUGCGUUGGCACGGGCAACUCAAAGAAGUUCCUGUAUUCCCCGUAUUCUGCAGAUGCAGAUAAAUCCGAAGAAGCAGCAGCAGAAGAGCUGAGUAAGGCUGCUGCUUCACAAGGGGGAAAAGCUACAAAAGGGCAACAGAAGAAACGUGCCACAGCCCUACACUGAUUGUCGCUCAUCACAAUCUUAUUGUUACGCUUCUGGGAUUAUUUUUGUUUUUAAUCUUAGUGGUUAGGCAGGGCGAAAUUCUGUUAAGAUGAUUCCAUCCAAAACUGUGAUGAACCUUUCUCAUUGAUGAUGCAGUUAUGCUGGCAGGCCAGCAUUUUGUUGUAGUAGCACUGUCUGUAUGUUCGCUAAGGAGCAGCAAUAAUUUGAUGAUGCUUCUAUAGUUUGAGCUACGGCUAAUAAGCCCUAGAAGAUAUGAAGCAACUAAGUUAUAUUUAUGUGUAAAACUUUUAUACAUGUGUUAUUGAUGGUUUAGAAGUCAA